AUGCACGUGGACGAGCCCAUCCGGUGGCCGUCAGGUGAAAAAGGAAAAGGCAAAGCGAAAGCCAUCUCGAACGAUGAGCCUCAGGAUCUCGACAACUUACCGUGGGUGGAGAAGUACCGCCCGGUGACUCUCGACGAUGUCGUGUCUCACCAAGACAUUACGAGCACAAUCGAGAAGUUCAUCGAGAAGGACCGGGUACCACACAUGCUGUUCUACGGACCACCAGGAACUGGAAAGACGUCGACCAUUCUGGCGGUGGCACGGCGGAUAUACGGCCCCUCGUUCAGGAGGCAGAUUCUCGAGUUGAACGCGUCAGACGAUCGUGGUAUCGAUGCCGUUCGUGUGCAGAUCAAGAACUUCGCGGAAACGCACAUGAUGACCACGGCCGCGCAGUCUGCGCUACGCCGUGUCAUUGAGCAGUACACGCGCAAUGUCAGAUUUUGCAUCAUCUGCAACUACGUGAACAAGAUCAUCCCGCAUGUCAAACUUACGCCCGAGGGCAAGCAGGCUCUGCUUAAGCUUUCUAAGGGAGACAUGCGACGCGCUUUGAACGUUUUGCAGGCUUGCCAUGCAGCGUACGAUCUUACAGGCGAAGAGGAGAUCUACAAUUAUAUCGAGGCCAUAGUCAACUCUAUGCUUCAAGACGAGUUCACCACUUCGUAUAAUAGUAUUGAUCACGCUAUCAAGACGGACCGAGGACUAGCGCUUCCAGAUCUAAUAAAUGGCGCAUACGAAUACAUUGAGACCAUCGAAUUCAAACCACACGUACGCAUAUACUACUGGAUUCUUAGCAACUACAGAGUAGCUAACGCUCUCCUGGGCGCUUUCAAACACGCCGUCGAGUUGUCUGCCAAGGCUACGUAG